CCACUGUCUGCCUUAUUACAUGCGCUCCCCAUAUAAGACAAGUCUGGGGGAGAGGGCGAUAAGAAUAUUUUCAUUGCCUUGUAAUCUCACCAGAAGACAAAAGAACAUCAGAGGGAUUUAAAGAAUAAAUUGCACAGACAGGAUGGCACAGAAGGAAAAGUUGCAGUGUCUUAAAGAUUUCCAUAAAGACACUUUGAAGCCGUCUCCCGGUAAGAGUCCCGGCACACGUCCAGAAGAUGAGGCGGAGGGCAAACCACCACAGCGGGAGAAAUGGGCCAGCAAAAUGGAUUUUGUGCUCUCAGUGGCCGGAGGUUUCGUAGGUUUAGGCAACGUCUGGCGUUUCCCGUACCUCUGCUACAAGAACGGCGGAGGUGCAUUUCUCAUCCCCUACUUCAUAUUUCUGUUCGGUGGAGGUCUGCCGGUCUUUUUUCUGGAGGUGGCGCUUGGCCAGUUCACUUCUGAAGGGGGGAUCACCUGCUGGGGGAAACUGUGUCCCAUUUUCACUGGAAUCGGCUACGCCUCAGUUGUGAUUGUGUCUCUUCUGAACAUCUACUACAUUGUGAUCUUGGCGUGGGGUCUGUAUUACCUGCUGCAGUGUUUCCAACACGAGCUGCCGUGGGCUAGUUGCCGGCACAGCUGGAACACGGCGAACUGCGUAGAGGACACCGUCCGCAAGAACACAACGCUCUGGCUCUCCGCCAGCGCCACCAACCUCACCUCGCCGGUCAAAGAAUUCUGGGAGCGGAACGUCCUGAGCAUAUCUUCAGGGAUCGACGAGGUCGGCGGGCUCAAGUGGGACCUGGCGCUGUGCCUGCUAGCCGUGUGGAUCAUCUGCUUCUUUUGCAUAUGGAAAGGAGUCAAAUCCACCGGCAAGGUGGUUUAUUUCACAGCUACUUUUCCCUUCCUCAUGUUGAUCGUGCUGUUGGUUCGAGGCGUGACGCUGCCCGGUGCUGCCGAGGGCAUCAAGUUCUACCUUUAUCCCGACUUGACCCGCCUACAGGACCCUGAGGUGUGGAUUGAUGCCGGCACACAGAUAUUUUUCUCUUACGCCAUUUGUCUUGGUGCUAUGACAUCGCUGGGAAGUUACAACAAGUACAAGUAUAACUGCUACAGAGACUGCUUGCUGCUCGGAUGCCUGAACAGUGGUACCAGUUUCGUGUCAGGCUUUGCCAUCUUCUCUGUGCUGGGGUUCAUGGCACAGGAGCAGGGCGUGGCCAUCAAAGAUGUUGCUGAAUCAGGUCCUGGUCUGGCUUUCAUCGCGUACCCCAAGGCCGUUACCAUGAUGCCACUGCCAACGGUCUGGGCGAUACUGUUCUUCAUAAUGCUUCUGCUGCUAGGCCUUGACAGUCAGUUUGUAGAAGUGGAGGGUCAGAUCACCUCUCUUGUUGAUCUGUACCCAUCCCUCCUAAGGAAGGGAUACCGGAGAGAAAUCUUCAUCGCUGUCAUCUGCGUCAUCAGUUACCUGCUGGGACUCACCAUGGUCACUAAAGGUGGCAUGUACGUCUUUCAGCUGUUCGACUAUUACGCGGCCAGCGGUGUUUGUCUUCUCUGGGUUGCAUUCUUUGAAUGUGUUGCAGUAGCCUGGGUUUACGGGGCUGAUAAUUUCUACGAUGCUAUAGAGGAUAUGAUUGGUUACAGACCCAAUGGUUGGAUGAAGUGGAGCUGGAUGUUUAUAACGCCGGUCCUUUGUGUGGGUUGUUUUGUCUUUUCAUUGGUGAAGUACAAGCCCCUCACCUACAACAAGCAGUACGAGUAUCCCAAUUGGUCUAUCGGAUUGGGUUGGGCUCUCGCACUGGCUUCUAUGAUUUGCAUCCCGAUGAUGGUCGUCAUUAAAAUCAUCCAAUCGGACGGCUCGCUGAUAGAGCGGAUCAAAGCCGUGGCGGCGCCAGUGAAAGGGGGCGCAAGUUCUCGUCCCAAGGAGUACAGCCUGAAGAACAGCGAGCUGCUUCAUCCUCUGGACCCCAACGGCAUCAUCGCAUUCACCAAAAACACCCACACCGUUGUAGAAACCACAAUGUGACGCUCUCUAAGAGAGAUUCCCAAAUUCUCCCUUCCUUCUCCUCUCCUGUUGGAGAUCCCGGAUCUGUAUCUUUUCUCCCUCACUGUACUAGUACAAUCUGAGUCGGUCUUUAUUUAACGAAAUUUUCAUAAAUCCAUAUAUCUUUUUUGCCAUGUAGGAUUUGUAUUAUAACUGUAAUCACUGAUAUCGGCAUUAACGCCGAUGUUGGAAUGAAUCGAUGUGUUUAGUUUCUAUUGAAUCUGUUGUGCGCUGUUCCUCUGUGUUCUGACCAGGCGAGGUGACACGGCAAAGCGACUAUAAAAGCUAUUUUACCAUAUUAAAGAGACGUUUUGCUAUUUGCUUUUAUUUUUAUCUUUGUCUUCCUAGCCCCAAGUUGAAUCUCGAUGGUCUCACACAUCCCUCACGUUCAGACUUGGUCGUGUCGCUCUGCCGAAAGCGUUCCCUGUAGUCUCGCCUGUUUGGAAGACAGCGUUAUUCAAGUGUGAGAGUUGUUUGUAAACAGUUCAAGCUUCAUAUUGUUGGGAAAAUAUUACAAUAAGACAGCAGCAAACUAAACAUUUAGCUACAUAAUACCGUCUGUCCGUGGUUGUGGCAGUAAGUCUUGUAAGAUGGGGUUCGUAACGUUCUUUGUCUCGAAGAAAAACGAAUGUACCUCCGCUUCGGGCGGACGCUCUGCACAACUUACAAAUGCAUACAUGUGCGCGUACACACCUACACACACACAAACACACACAGUAUGAAACACACAAGCGUAACGCUCUGUCCUGAAGUUUCUUCUUGAAUGUUGUGAUCACUGCCACAAGAUGUUGUUAUACUGCAGGCAGCUGUGUUCACGUUGAAUAUACGUCUCGUUUGAAGCAGUAUUAUAAGCUUCAUGUGCUGUAAGAUGGCAUCAAAGAGCUGUUUUUAUUAUCAUCACACAGGGCUGUUUGUAUGUUGGAGCACACACGUCUGAGACCACUCGUGAAAAUGCUUUUUGCCUUCUUUCUAAUUGUUUAUAUUACAAAUGAUAAUACCAAGCAAGCAUUAAAUCAAAAUGGUCUUAGAAUGGCCCGACAGAGUCAACCUAUACAAAAUAUAAAUUAAUUUUACUACAUAUAAGUUCAGGUAUAUUUUAACCUUACAAUGUUAAGAAUUUCCGUAGAAAUUGCAGUAUUACUGGCAGCAGUUUGCCAGUUAUUUACUGUAGAUUUACAUUUAUGAUAUUUACUGGCUACAGAUUGUUCAAAGAUAAAUGAUCAUUAAACAUUAACAACUCUUUAUCCUUACAGAAAAAAGCGAUUAAAAAACAGCCUCAUGCAAAGCAUACUGGGAACCAAAAUUAGAAAAAAAGAUGUUAAAGGUGUAUGUGGAUAAUGUGUUCCCAGAAUGCUUUGCAUGAGGCUGUUAUUUAUAGUUUUUUUCGGUAAUGAUAAAGACUUGUCAAUGUUUAAUAUUCUUUUAUCUUCUAACAACUGUUGCCAGUUAAUUAGAUCAAUAUAAAUAUGCAGUAAGAUACUGGCAACUAGCUGCAUAACUACAGCGAAUGUUUACAGUGGACGUUUGAAUACUAAUAUUAAUGUAGUGCACUUGUAAGUGUACCAUUUUCAUACUUCUUGAAAAAACUGCCCCACUUAGUUUAUAAAAGUAUACUUUUAGGUAUACUUAAGUGUAAAAGUGGUCAACUUUGAAUAGACGACUAGUUACGCUUUAUAUUUUUGUACUGAUACUACAGUAUUCUUCAGUGAACUGAUACAGUGAUAUACUGACAGUUGUAGCUUUUAUUUGAGCACAUAUUUUAGUUUAUGAAAGUUCACUUUGAAUUUCGCUCUGAGUUAAAUACUAGUUUUGUAUACUACUCAUCAUCCUUAAAGUGCACAAUGAUAUAAAUAGUAAUAAAUAAGUAUACUAUUAUGUUCAUGUCUUUGUAGCUUUAACUGCUUGAAGUUGGCUAGAAAUAAAUUCCACCGAUCACGGUGUAGCUACACGGAUUUUAUUAAGAUACAACCCUACAUAAACUCCAACAUGUACCUUUAUAGAACGGUAAAUAAAAUUAUGUGAAAAAGUAUUGAAUAGGCUUUUCAAUCAAAAGAGGAAUCACAACUACAACCCAAGUAUACUCAAAUUAUAUCUCAAAAAUACGUUUCUGUAAAUAUAAGUACACUUUUUAAGUUUAAACCAGUAUCCUUAAGGUAAACUUCGGAUGACCCAGUAAUAGUUCUUCUUUGUGCGUCAUUUUCUUUCUUUUUAAUUUUCACGUGGUCUCAGACUUUAGGAUCCUUCUGUACAACACGUGAUCCAUUAUCGCCGAACCGCUCAAGACUGUAACAAUCAUCAGCUUUCAGGAUUAAUAAUCCUGGGCUUUAUAUCAAUGCACAGAGACACUGCCAAUUCCCUCUCGGGCUCAAAUCUCAAAUCGUGCGACUGUCACUUUAAACACUUUAAAUGAGCCUUAAACCGUAAAAUAUUUCAGCUAGAACUGCCCCUCAUAAUACUCCCAUGUCCUUUACCCCAGACAACCCUGCCCUCCAAAAAUACAACCCUGACCCUUUGACCCAACUGUCUGAUCAUGUGACCUGUGACCCCUUCUAGAUUAGCUAAACCGUCUGUCCCGUCCCCACUACACAAAGACACACACUUCUCUUUAAGACUCAUGUUCGUUCCUGUUUAGCAUUUCAUUUAUCUAAAACUUGCCUUUUUGUAUUUAACCAUUUUAUACUGUACCUGACGUGAUUUGCCGUAUUUUUCUGAAUGUAUUCCGAAAUUUAUAUUUGAACAAGUGUGAGCCUAUACACCUUGCAGUGUGCAAUAUUUGUAAACAAGUGGCUUUUCCAUUUUUUUAUUAUCAUUUCAGAUGGAAAAUGUGGCCAGAUUGAAACAGGAAGUUCAAGAUACGGUUUUUCUUUGUCAUAACUAAAUGGCUUAUUCCUUUUUUGCUGUAAUAAGAAAACUUGAUUAAACGAUCUUGUUAAACCAAAGUAGUUUUGUGACAGACAUCAUACAAGAUGCAUGAUGCAUCUUUCAGAUAUGAAAUAAAAAACGAAAAUGAUAAAUGUGUGUUUGUGUUUGAAAUGCGUCUGUGAAAAAUGUAUUGUUACAAUGUCACUUUGGAUUAAAACAUCUCAAAAUGCAUGAAUGUUUUAGACAUAAUAAAAUAAUUAAAGCAAA